AUAACAAACAUGUAUUAUCAAACAUAUAUUUCAUUACUGAAUUGUGAUGAGCAAUUUUUAUAUUAUUUUAUUCGUCUUGUAUUAUUUCAUGCACUUAAUUUCGAUUAAGUACACAUUGGAUGUAAUGGUGGAAAUGAUUGUAAAAGUGAUAAGAGCAUAUUGUGUGUCUUAUUUUCAUGGGGUUAUGUGCUACUGUACAGGAAAAGUGCUUUGUCGCUACAAAGAGCAGAAACGCUAUAUGCCCUUGGCAAAGCUCAAUGCUUGUUUUUCUGUAUGUUUUGAUGCACAACUACGUGUACAACGAAAACUUAUUCUUUCUCUUGCGCAACAACGACAAACGCUAUCCGGCACGCACUACCUACAUUACUAUCAGCUGCAGAGAACCCAUGAACACUCGCGAAUGUUUUUUUUUUUUUAUGGAAGUAAACUACUAUCGAAAUGUAUUAAGUGAAAACUGACUCUAAGGCACGCGUUUUCUUCUGCUGCAUGAUAUCACUGCAGACGACAGGCCAGUGAGCGGUUCAUAUAUAUAUGAGUUUAAACACAGUCUCAACAGUACAGCUCCACUAGCGCAGCAAACAUCAAGGUAGUCCAACAUGAACUUCUUCACUGUGUCGGCCAUCGCCCUGGUUGCCAUCAUUGGCUCCAUCCAGGCUGAGCAUUCGCCGCUUCCGCACUACUUCGUUCGGAAGAGCUUCCCGGAGGCUCAGGCUGAGUGCGCCGUCUACCUGCAGGUGCCGGACGAUCGUCUGCAGCGCUACAUGCGUGAAGGAUACCCGGAUGAGCCAGAGGUCCACUGUCUGGUGCUGUGCGUCCUGGAGAACCUGCGCGCAUGGGAGAACGGUACGCUCCACGAGAACGUGCUUGCUAACUACUUCGUCCCGGCCACGGAGGACUGCGACAAUGCCAAGCGUACUGAGCGUUGUCUGGUGAACCUGCCGCAGGAGUGCAACGGUGAGCCGUGCGUGCAAGCCUACCGUGCCUUCCAGUGCUACUACCAGAACUAUGGAACGCUCACCACCUGCCCCGAGUACGUCCCGAGCUACUACGGUGAGGAUCUGCAGCUGGCCUACGACCUGUUCGACAUGCUGGAUGUGUCGGAGGACACCCGCCGCAAGCUGGCUGGAGGAUGCUUCCCAAGCGGACCUGAGUCGCAGUGCUUCUUCUUCGCGUACGUGACUCGCUUCGGUGCCUGGUCCAAGGAUGCUCCGCUCCUGCACAACCUGUACACUCAGUCCCAGGAGGAUGCCUUCAAGAAGGACAACGCCGAGACUAACGUCUGCCUCACCAACCUGAACAAGCUGGCCUGUCACAAGACCCGGUGCGAGCACGCCACUGACGUUUUCAGCCAGUGCUUCGGCAACACUGAUCUGUACAAGCACUUCCUGGCUGUGUUCAAGGAUGCUGCCAUGACCUACACCAGGCAAUAAGCAUUGAGACGAUCAAAAGACU